AUCAGUACCAUCUCAUCGAUCCAACAAGAGUCAGCACCUAUUUUAACACACGACAAACAGAACAUCAAAUGCACAAAUAUCGCAUGGGUUUUGAAAACAUUUUCUGCAAGCUGAACGCUCAAGAAGAUCAUGAAAGAUGA